AUGGCUGCUCGUGCGCAUCGUGGAAGAAUGCCCCCUUCAUCGUAUGAGACUGGCAGUGCUCGCAGCUCGAGCGAAGACACUGCGGCCACUAUCUUUUCGAUGUACGAGGAUCCCGCACCGUUGAACACCAAGCAAGCUCCCCCUGUACCUGUAUUGGAUCCCAAAUACCGCUCUGAAGCAUCGUCGAGGCCCAUAUCUGUAGUGAGCGAUCGCUCGAGGAACAGGAGAUCCUAUGGCCCUGUCGAGAGUGGGCGACCGAGUGUAUCGGUGCGAUCGAGUGCGGCCGAUCCUGGUCCCUCGGGUCCACGCACGAGUCCAUACCCAACUCGGCAGUCUUCGUUGCAGCAACAACAAUCAGAGCAGGCGCUUAAACCGUCUCAACCGGCACGAACACCCAGUCCCCGUCUGGCCAUCAAUAUGAACACCCAGCCCUAUCCUUCCCAGAUCCCCUCCCCCGGUGCGAGCCCAGACUCGGAGCUGCUCACUCCGGCCGACCGAGAGAGACGGACGUCGAGCAAACACUCUACACGCACUAUAUUGACCCAGACGAGUCAUACGACACCCACGACGCACACCGAGUACACCAGCAGACACUCGAACGAGGAUGCAGAUGCCUUUCGCAUCCGUGCCACCUAUGCAAAACUCGAGGCCGAGGGUGUCCCGGGCGACGGAUGGAUGGAAGGCGUAGAGCGCACACGCACACGGGUCGUCUCGGCUGCUAGUGCUGCCGUGCUCGAGGCUACCAAGGGUGCAGGGGGCAAGGGUGCUGACGUCGGCGCAGACGAAGAAGCCAGACUCAGGAGCACAGACCGGUACGGUUUCUUUGUCACUCCCAGCCCCAAACACGAAGGCCGUCUCGCCCUCUUGCCCGCUCUUCCGCUCCGGACUUUUGCCUCCCCGCACAAGCCUGUCCCUAUACCCCUCCCCACAACCAUGCCCACCCUUCCUCCCAUCUCACACGUUCCCUCCCCAACCGUAUCGCCUCGCGAAAACAUCCGCAUCGGGAAAUGGGAGCGCAUGCUUCUCCCUGCUGCUUCAGGUGGGGCAGGAGGAGACGGCUGGAAAUGGAACCCCCAGAAAAUGAAAAAGCGCACCGAGCGGGUCUUUAAAGGCGUCCCUGACCGAUGGAGGAGUGCCGCCUGGGGAACGCUCGUUGAAGAAAAACAAACGAGGCGGAGGGAGGGCAAGCGGCUGAGCGUCAAUGAGCUUAGGGUGAACUAUCGGGAUUUACUCGACGCACCGAGCGAACAUGAUGUCCAGAUUGAUCUCGACGUCCCGAGAACAAUCAGCGGCCAUGUUUUGUUUCAUACGCGCUAUGGCCAGGGACAACGAUCGUUGUUUUAUGUUCUCCAUGCGUUUUCACAGCUCUGUCCGUCGUGUGGAUAUGUACAGGGAAUGGGCCCUAUAGCUGCUACUUUGUUAAAUUAUUUUGAACCCGAGCGCACAUACGCCAUCCUCGUCCGUCUUCACGACGAAUACGAAAUGCAUACUAUUUUCCAGCCUGGGUUUCCUGGGUUGCUUGAGAGUAUAUAUGUCCAGGAGCGGCUAAUCGAGAGGAUUAUGCCGGGUGUCUAUCAGGCUUUGUCCACACACAUGAUCUCGUCCACCUCGUUCGUGACAAAAUGGUACAUCACGCUAUUCGCAAACACGGUGCCGUACCAGACGCAGCUCCGGCUGUGGGACGUGUUCUUGCUCGAGGGGCGAGACGCGCUGGUGAUUGCGGCCGUGGCGAUCCUGUGGGUGCUUAAAGAUCACAUCUCAGCCCCGCAGGCCAAUUUCGAAACGAUCCUCUCGCUGUUAUCGUCGACGUUUGUAUUCGAGGACGAAAACGCGCUGUUCAAGUGGAUGGACCGGCUGUUGACGGACGUCAAGCUGCGGGAAGAAAUGGACUCGUGGCGAGCCGAGUGGGGGCGGUUGGUUGCAGAGGGCAAGAGCGGCAAGGCACUGUUAUAG